CAGGGCGGAGUGGAGAAGCAAAACAGGAUUGAGCAGCGCGUAGCUGAGCCAAAACCAUAACAGAGACGUCUGACAUUAAUGCUGGGGCGGCAUAUUGUUCAUUUAUGAAUCAGGAUGGCCUCUUUCGGCUGGAAACGGAAGGUGGGAGAGAGAGUUUCUAAGGUGACAGUGCAGCAGUUUGAGCAGGAUUCAGAGCAGCCAGAUACUGAUGAUGUGGAGGAGGAGGGCGUUGAUUGGCUGCAUGUCAUCAAACGGCGGCGAGAAGUGCUGCUGGAGGAUUGUGCUGCUAAGAGCAAGAGACUCAAGGAUGAGGGCACACUAUUUGCCGAACAGGGCAGGAACUGGGAGGCAUUGAAGAGAUGGGAUGAGGCCCUACAGCUCACCCCAGAUGAUGCUGUGCUAUAUGAGAUGAAGUCACAGGUGUUGAUUACCCUUCAAGAAGUGUUAUUGGCUGUACAGUCUGCAGAGAUGGCGACCAGACUCCGCCCCCUCUGGUGGGAGGCAUGGCAAACUCUGGGUCGUGCCCAACUGAGUCUUGGUGAAGUCGAACUUGCUGUGCGGUCCUUUCAAGUGGCAGUGCACCUGCAUCCGUCUGAGUGCCCGCUCUGGGAGGAGGACUUAAACUGGGCUUUACAGCUCCGGGAGCAGAAACGAGCCGUUUCCCAAAGAGCAACGCAGGAAGAGGAAGCCAGACGGCUCAUUGUGGAAGCUCCUGAGCUGAACAGGGAUUAUGAUUUCGAGAGUGAUGAAGUAAUUGAGGCCUGCACAGCCAUGGCUGAGAGACAGAAGCAAUACGAGGACUUAAAGAAAAUGGUGGUUAUCGAGGAUGACAGCAGACCCACUUCAUCUUCACAGAGUGUUUUGGUGAAGGCACGAGGACUCUGAAAAAAAUCUAGCUGAUUUGAUCCUCCAAGGUUCUGAUGGGCUUCCUUGUAGUUAAGAUUGUAAAGUGAGUACCAGAUGCUUAGAGAAAUUGAAGCAUCUGAAAUGCUUCUUGUCUGGACCAUUUUCACGUAAAGCAUAAAUUCCUUUUACUGAUGCAUCAUGUGUUUAUUCUGUAUAAAUGCAGUUAAAAAUGGCCUUUUAAGUUCCCAAAAUGGCAGAAUAAUCCCUUCUUAAUGUACGCUGCUGAAUAGGAAUGUCCUAGUCAGCUUUGAGUCCCGUUUUAUGUGAACCUCACUGGGAACUGGAGUGCUGUUAAAGCAAUAAGAAACUGAUGUGCCAAGAACGAGCAGGAAAAGGAAACUACUUUAUGCUCCCACACACAUAAAAAAACAGAUUCGUAUUAUUUUGCUCUGUUAACUAACUGGAUUGUCUAUUUUUGGAUAGUGAAACUAGUAAGAGAUUAAGAGGAUUCUAAUGCAGUAUUGGGUUAAGCUGGUAACUGAAGUGCAUGCAGAAGAGGAGAGAGGACUUGCAGACCACAGAGAGUUAUUUAAGUUAUUUAGCCUAUAUAGAAGGGAGAGAUAAAAUCAGUUGUCUAUUAGUCAUCAUAGAGAUAUCUGAUUGAUGUAGAAAGCAGACUACCUCUUGGUUGAUGAGCUUUAUUAUUAUAAUGAUAUCAUUAAUUUUAUGUGAAACUGAUUUUUUUGUGAAAAUACUCUUCUGUUAUGUUGGUUAGAUCGAUUUAGGUGUUCAUAAAUCCUCUACAUAAAUCACUUGGUUGCCACUAAAAAAACAUACAUUUUAUAACACUGUCUCUAUAGGUGGAUUGGAUCUAUUAUUAGUCAGAAUCAGAAUGGCUCCACCGUGACAGCACCACUGGGAAAUGCCUGUAAAACCUGGGCUUCUGUCUACGUAGAUUGCAGAAUUAGUACUUAGCUCUAGACUUCAACACAAAUACUUUCCAUCUGUUCCAGAAGAUAAUAUCAUGCAAGGUCACACUUAGUAUGAUGAUUACUGGGAAAACAAGGUGUGUUGCACCCUUAGGGUAAAAACUGAAUAAACAUCUGCAGAAUUACCUAGUUGUUCAUGCUAGUCCAAGGCUUUGACUGCCAGCUUAUAGUCAUGGAUGGACAAUUCAUCCUGCCUGGUGCAUGUUAAACAAUGCAAAACAGCACAAACUGUCAUCCAGACUGUUUAGCUGGCCACUAUAGUAGUCAGGGUGCACUUCUCCUUUAUAAAAUACCAUGCUUCUGCUACAUGCACCUCCAAAAAGGAACUACUCAAUUAAUUUGUCAUUUUGUGAGGUUCAUGGCAUUGAAUCUUUUCAUGGUAUUCAAGAGUUUUGUCUGAAGGAGUUAGUAGCAAGUAAAUAAGAUGUAAGAAAUUCCUUAAGGAUAUUCCACUCUGUUUGCCGAGUUAUGUCUGUAAAACAGUAUAGGCACUAAUCAAUUUUGGAUGUAUCAGUUUUUCUUUGUUGUCUUUAGAAUCUUUCUGCAAGACUAAGUGUAUUAUUUAAAAGAGCUAGCACUGGCAUGCUGGUCUGUUACUGUUGUGUCAUGGAUUUCAGAAUUAUCCCAUAACAUUAAAAAUGACAAAUGGUGGGUCACUUUACAUUGCCCAUUUCUUGGGCAGUCUUGGUAGACUAAAUUUCGCAUCCGUUCGUGCUAGUCUGACUAGUGAGGUUGCCAACCUACAGUACAGUACUGUAUUUUCCACUGGUUUUACAGUGAUUUCCUAUAAUC